AGCGCUCUGAUCACCCCGAUCUUGGUGAACAUAAACUAGAACAUAAUCCUGAACGACCGUCGUGUGCCGUGAGUGUAGUAUUAUUUUUAACUUUUUCGUAUCUACCGUAUUUACCGAAUUUAUAACCGAAUUGAAUCACUGUCAGUCAAAGUGUCAUAAUAUUUACUGGCAAUUGUUGUCACACAUCAUCGUAAUAAUGGGCAGCACGGACAAAGCGGUUAUUACCGGGUUCAUAUGUAGGCUUUGUAGCAAGAUGAACAGAUUUGUUAUCCACAUAUACGGUGAAGAAGGAGAACGAAUGAAACUAGCGGAGAAAAUCAACGCGUAUCUACCCAUAACGGUGAACAUGAACGAUCCGUUACCAAAGACAGCUUGUCUGCAUUGCAUCGAACGGCUAGAAGCACACCACGAAUUGAUGGAGCAAUUCAUGUAUGCACGGCGGAGGUUAGCUGCAGAGAAUAAAGCAAAUGCGGUAGCUUCUUCAUCCUCGACAACCUCAGUGGUGGAUGUAAUGCCAGCGCCUACUUCGCCACCCUGUUGACGCAAUUGUAGGACUUUUUUUUUUUAACGCUGACCCGUCGCUCAACCAUGUUGUACAUUAUGCCUACAUUCUACAUGACCCCUCGUUUUUUUCCUGCUACCUCCAAACAUGUUCUGUCAUUGGAUCAAUGGAGUAAUUGCAUAAUUUUUAAAUCGAACAUUCAGCUUAUUGUAUUGUAAUCAUCUAAACAUCAUUGUUAUACUUGCACAGAAGAGAAAACGGGAGCUGAAAAUCAGGGUCUCACUUGAUGAAAUCUCACACUGUACAAACUGGAAUGUUGCCACAGAGAUUUGAUCGAGCGUAAUAUCAAAUAUUACUAUGCAUCUCAUCUAUUCAAUGUAGAUACUAAAUGACUAGGUAGAGAUAGAUAAGUUUUUUGCACGUUAUGGAAGUCUUUACACACAUAUUCCAACAGUAUCAACGGUCUUUCAGUUUGCUUAGAGGGAAGUAAAUAUUUAAAAAUUACCGUUGUUUUUUUUAUGAAAUGAUAUUCCAUAGCUGCAUAAAACGAAGUAAAAAAAAAUAAGAUUCGCGACUGCAAAACGAUUGUUGGAUAUUUUCGGUGGAACUCUCUAGUUUUAUCCUAGGUAAUAUUACUACAUGGGUGCAAUUUCUGUUUGUUUGUUGCAAAUGCUAUCAACAGUUUGUAAAAAUAAGGAAUAACUAAACCACGAUACAUGCAAAGAAUUAUCUUUACAAGAUUUUUAAGAAAGGUUUUCGAUAAACUAGUUUGUAAAAUUGAAUACCUCCUCGUUGUUCAUAAUAAACUCGGCAUGUUCUUGCAAA